AAUCAAGAUGUGGUUACAUAAAUUCUUUCUGUUCUCAUUAUUCCUCGCAGUGUUCGGUCAAGAUGACACGGAAGAAGAUACAAACGACGCUGAAAAAUUAGCAGAAGGGGAAAAGAAACUAAGUGAAAAUGUUCUGGCAAUACUCGAGCACUUCAAACAGCCAGAUCCUGUGGGGCUGCCAGGUGCAGCUAUACCGGACCCCUACCCCGUACCAGACAUGAAACAGUCACUAUCAUUUGGUACACUUUACUUCAAGAACACGGCUGUCUACGGCAUCAGCAAAUUUCGCAUACUUUAUGUCAAUGCAGAAAUUGGAGCAAUGGAGGUCCAUGCAGCGAUGACAAUCGAUGUACUACAAGCUCGCGGCAAUUACACCAUGUCAACUUGGCUAAACCGAGCUCAGGGCCCGUUCACUGUAGACGUCACUGGUCUGAAGAUCACAGCAAGAGCUACACUUGGCGUGGAACGUGAUGGAAAACUACGAGCACAAGAUAUCGUCAUAGAUCUAAGCUUUAGUACUAUAGCCGUGAACUUUGAAAACCUAGGAUUCUUCGGUGGAAUGUUCCAGGGGAUCAUAAAUACUGUUGGUAACUUCCUCUUCGAUUCCAUUAAGCCAUAUGUUUUAAAAGAAGCUUACACUAAAGUUAGAGCGGAAAUCAACUCUAAGCUUGACGAGGUUGCCGGGGAUAUGCAGUUUCCUAACUCCAUAUCUCCAUUAGAUAUGGUGAUUAUCGACGUUCGGAAGAAGGUACGAGAUAUGCAACUGGAUCCUUACAAAAUGAAAGAUUAUAACGCCACUGUGAGUGUAUUCACAGUCUCUUUGACUAAUACUUGGAUCACUGGUAUAUCUGCAUUUCAAAGAGUUGGCAAUAUUACUUUACAAAUGGAAAAUAAUACUGCUAUCGCAGACUUUGAUAUUGGUACGCAGAGACUUGAAGGCAGAACUCAAUGGGACAUUUCUGCUAUCGGUGGACUGCUGUCAAGAGCUGGUACAGCAUCAUUCUCCGUUGAAUAUAUAAGCGCUAGAAUUAUUUUGGCCCAGCCCCUGGACACGAGGAAGAAGCCAAUAUUUAGGGACAUAGACUUAGAAGUAGGAAACAUUCAAGUACGGUGCAAUGGAGCUGGAACUAUAGAUUACGUUAUAGAGUUCACGGUAAAUAUUUUACCGAAUCUACUAAGAUACCAGAUUAUGGAUGCCAUAGAAGGUCCCUUGAAAGAAAGAGUGCAACAAGAGCUUGAUAAGAUCAACGUUGAGGAGAUGAUUAAAGAAGAACUUCCAAAACUCGAUGCAAUGCAAGGAUCAGGGUUUAAGCUAUCAGACUUCAAAGAAUCCGUCACAGAAAAGCAACCAUUUGAUGAAGACGAGUUUUUUAACUUCUAAGUUUACAGUGCCUAUAUUAUAAUUUCAUUUUAAAGAUUUCAUAUCCAUAAUGUUCAUCUACUUAUUUAUUAAAUAAAUAAAAUUAAUCAAUUGGAC